AUGAAUAAAGAUGACAUAGACCAAUUAAAUGCAUGCCCCCCCGAUGGAGGAGGGGAAAAUAAAAAUGAAGAAACGUAUGAGAAUGAGCUCAGCGAAAGGGAAAAGUGCGUUCCUAUUUUGGACGCGUCUUCUCCCAGGAGCAGUCAUAACCAAGUAGGGGGCAGUAAUGAAACGGAUAAUCUGCCGGAAAUAAACGAUUCCCCUAAGGGGGAAUCUGCAAUAUGUACUUUAGGCGAGGUGGUCCAGGCGGCAAGCGGUGAACAUUUACAAAAACCAAAUAACGCAGAGAAGGCAGAAAAGGCAGAAAACCCCGCGGGCAUGGACAACAUAGAUGACACCUUGAAGCGUGACGAGGCAAUACAGGGCGCCCCCCACCCAGCGGAAGCAAUGGAAGGUGCUGCCCUCAACUGCAGCAUAAACACCGUUGCAACGGCUAACAGUAGGGAAAAUGACACGACGGAAAGUCCCCCAACGGAGACCCCAAAUUCUUCCAAUCCCAUCAGCUGCAUUAGCACAACGCAUAAUCAUAACAGAGAUGCGUGUGUACAAAUGGUAGAGCAGGCGUUAGAGUGCAUUCCUGCCAUAAGCGAAGAAAAGGAAGCAAAUUUUGCACCCGAGAUAAAUGUAGAGGCAAAAAGGGAGGAAGAGAAUUGGUUAAAUCCUUCCAAUUCAUGUAUCACAGUGGCUUGCAGUGAGGAGUUACCUGCAGUUGGGGAGUUGCCUGCUGUUGGGCAUGGCACGGGGGACGUAGAUGAUGCCAGUUGUGUGGUUGGUGCGAUACAGAAUGAGGUCGCCAAUAACACCGUUAAGCGGGGAGACCAGCUGCUCUCCCUCACACAUACAGUAAGCAGUUUCCAAGCCGAACUGCUGAAAAAGAACAAAGACACAUUCGAACAAGUUAAAAAAAAGGGCUACCUCUUUGUGCUAGCCAUCCAGCAAUCAUUUAUGAACAAAACGGAAAAGGUCCUUUGCACCAGGUGCAAGCCCCAACUGGCUUCCCUGCAUGGGGCCCAUGAACUCUUCCAAGUAAUACUAAAACUUCAAGUAGAAAAAGAAACCAGCGAAUUGUACUUGGCUCAUUUGUUGGACAAGCUGAAGAGGGACGUGGGCAGAGCCAACCAGACGGCGCAACAGACGGUGCAGCAGAUGACUGAGCAGGUGACGCAGCAACUGACCCACCAAAUGCAGGAAGCACAACUCAAAAUAAACAACCUAAGAAAAGACAACACAACCCUUGUGGAUACCAUUCAAAAGUGGGAGGAGCAUUUUCACCAAAUGAAAAAUGAACAGGAAAUCAUCCACGCCAGGGUUAAAAUCAGUGUCCAUACAAGUUUCCUCAAUUUUACGGAGUUCAUAUUUCAUAUCCUCCUAAAGGUUCAUUCUGCCCUUUGCCAGAAGAGUGACAAAUUGGCCUUCCUAAUCAACCGGUUGAAGACUAUUGGACUUGACUGGAGAGCCUCCCAGGUGGCGGAAGGGAAACGGCGGAGGAGGGGGAAGGAACCUCGUGGGGAGACACUCCGCAGUGAUGAAAAAAUGCGUAGAGAGCAAAAAAAGGAAAAGAAAAAAAGGAAAAAAAGAUUUGUGGGGAGAAGCAAAACUGACAGUAGGAGUGAAGAAUGCAUGUCGUCUCUGCAAGGGAGUAGCCCCCCGCGCAGUCACAGCUGCAGCUUGUCCAAAUUGGGUAACCACCACUCGUGUAGUAGCUCCUCGUGUAGUAGCUCCUCGCGUGGAUCCAACUCCAGUAUGUGUGUGUCGAACGAGUUGUGUCUGUCCGACCUGACGCAUAUGAACACAAACGGGGUUACCACCCGAGGGGGAAAAAAGAAGGGACGCAGAAAAGGGAAGCAACUGCGAGUGAGGGCAGGUGAAUCCAAGGAUGGAAAAAAUAGAGCGCGCUCGGUGGACACCGCGGGGAAGGUGCCCCCAAAUAAGGGGAAAAAGAAACCACGCCACAGGAAUAAGCUGCGCGAGCGACGCGACGACCAGCAUCAGCCAAAGCUAUAUAGCCGGUAUAGGAGAUACAAAAGGCUCUACGCUGAAGAGCUGCAAAAAAACAAAACGUUGCAUUUUCUCCUCACGAACAAGGACGAAGAAAUUGCCCAAGUUCGAAGUGCACUGAAGGAGGAAAUGAACAGCAGACUUCUCUUCCACGAGCAGGAAGAGAAAAAUAAGUUGAAAGAAAUAAACGAGCUGAAGGGGUUGCUACAAAAGGAACAAAUGACCAACCAGAAAUUAACCAACAAAAAUGAAGAGAUGGAAGAGCUAAAUAAAAAAUUAAAAAAAAAAUUAGACAUGCAUGAAUACACAGAAAAAGAAUUAAACAAUAAGCUGUGCGAAUUAAAUAAGGCACUUACCAAGGACAGGAAAAGGAACAAGCGCUUGGUUGUUCAAAAUGAAAAAAUGAAAAACGGUCUUCUUCAAUAUAACCAUGGGGUGAACUUACUGGACAGGGGGGGGAGGUAUCGUCGUAAUGGGAAGCGGUGUGUCAAUGUUUCUCCUGCGGAGUGUGUAGAUGGAGAGGUGAGUAGUGAAGACGAUAGCAGCGUUGAAAAUGAAGAAGACAGCAACGUGGGUAGCGAAUUGUACAGUGACGGGAGGGAAUAUUUGUAUGAGGACGAAAUGUAUACCCUUCUCGGCAAGGUGAAAAAUUUCCCACAUCACACUACGCAGCAGCAACGGACGAAAUUGAUGCAGAAAGGAAAAAUUAACAAAGUGCAUGGCCAGCCAUAUAACAACAGGGGAAGGGACGCAUAUGGAAAGCACUACGAACAACAUGAAUAUAAACAUGUUAAGUUAAACUCCUGUGGCUUUAGUGAUAACUCCGUGGAUGUUAGGAUGCCGAGGAGCAGGCGCCUCCCACGGGGUGGCGGCACCAAAGGGAAGAUUACCGUCCGUGAAAAUGGCAAAGGGCAGAAAAGUGCACACCACAACACGAAGGACGGAGAGCGGCAGUGUGCCCCCGCAAAGAGGGAAGACGAAUGCACACACAUGGAUUAUCAAAUCCGAAGAGACCUGGAAAAUUUUGACGAGACGAAAUACAAGAAAAUUAUAAGUGACAUUACUAAAGAAGAAAAAGUAAUUGAAAAAAUAAAAGAGGAUGAUUUGUAUUCUAUAUUUAUGCAGAACUGGGAGGAAUCUCACAUGGGAUUAGAGGAGGGGACAAACAACGACCCCCUCUCAUGGUCAGGGUCCUUCAUGCACCAUCUGAAUAGAAGCGUUCUUUGUGCCAAUCAGGGGGAAGACACCCUAAUGGGACAUCAUGGAGGGAAGGAAAAUGCCACAUUAAAUUAUAACCCCAAGUGUGCAGGGAAAAUGCAUGUGUUCCCCGUGGAAGAGAUGCAAAUUGGUCAUGGAGCAGAUCUAUCGAGGAAGGUGGAGGAGAAAUCCCAUGAGGGGGAAGGAAACAACAGGAUGGAUACUUCAAAAGGGAAGAAUGAACAUGUUGGAAAAGGCCUUGGUGGUGCAAUGGAUGGGUCAUUUAAUUGGGACGUCCAGCACGGCAACGCUAGCAGUGAGCACUACGAAACAAAUCACAUGGAUGGAAGCGAAACAAAUCGACCUACCAAUACCCCCCAGGGAGAGGCCAUCAAUGAGGAAAUUUUAAAUAACUACGAAAAGUAUAAAAAGAACAAGGACAAAUUCGUGCAUCUGACCUUACGCAAAAAGGUAACGCAUGUGGGGAAUGAACAUACACCCACAGGUGGAGUAGAAGCAGGAUGGAAAAACCAAAACACAUCCCUAGCAAAUGUAUUAAACAAGAACUCAAAAAGGGACAGUAAAAAUUGUUCCCCUCUUGAUGCCGAGGAAGAAGAAGCAUUCGAAAUGGACAAGAGUUAUGCCCCUUUUCCAAACGAACAAAAUGGAAAUGCCCUCCAUAAAGAUAGGGGCAUGGGAGAGAGCAUGAUGAUGGGUUAUACAUACGGUAAUGACAACCAUAGGGGUAUAACCCUACACAGCAAUGUACAGGAUAGGAGUCACAUUGAAGCAACUUCAUAUGACAACACAGAUGCGCGCUUCUUUCAAACGUCCGAGAAAAGGGGGGACAUAAGGAAGGGCAAUGUGGUAGGUGAACAGGAUGACCAACGGGGGGCACAUAUGCCACAUGGGGAAGGCGAAAGAAUGACCCCACGUGGAAUACCACCUAACCCACGCACAAACCAAUUGUGUCUACAGCAUAUGAGCAACAAUGGGUUGAGUACAAGUGGUACAAAUUAUCCUCCUGUCGGUGGGGAAAAAAGUCGGGAAAAACAAAUAAUAACAAAAUGUGAAGAUAUGAGUGCCCUGACUAAUGAAGGACAAAAUGGGGACAGCCACGUGGGGAAGGUCGCCGCCUACUGCGCGUAUUCCUUGAGCAUGUUGAUGGGUGCCAAACAGAGGGACAAGAGUGGGUGUAAACUAAUCCCCCUGGAUGCACCGAACCCGGGGUCUGCCUUAUAUGGGGGCACCCAUGUGGAAAAGGUCGACAUGAACGCACAGAAGUUAUGUCCCCCCGUGCCCAACGAGGAGCAGUCACGUAGCGCAGCAAAUGAUAUACUAAAUCACGGCCAUCAGGAAGGGGGCCAUCAUCCUUGGGAGAAUAAAAACAGGGCGGGUAAUUCCUUCCCCAGGAAUGAAGUCCUGAAUGAAGCCAUGAAUGCAGCAUUGGGCCCUUGUGAAACAGGCGCAUUUGUGCCAAAAAGGGACCCCUGCGAAAGCGCUCCACAGAGGAAAAGUGUCGGGGACAGGGGCGUCUUGAGUAGGUUGCUCAGGAAGAAGUAG